GAAUAUCUUCAACCUUCUUUUCAACUUGGUCUCCCAUUCCUUCUACCCUCCGAAUUCUUGAUCAGAGUCUCGAUCUAUUCAAGGCGAUUUAUUCCACUACCCCUCAUCUACCCCCACUCUCAACCCCCAUCUGUCAAUCCCAUCCACAAUCCACCCACAAUCCACCAUUCAGUAGCUAAUCACUCCAACCAUUCCCAUCUCAAGUAGAGCUGCACACGCAAUGGACUUAAACACUGCCCAGACUCAAUCCCCACCCGUGAAAAAACAUCAAAAUCUUCAACUUGUCCCCCUGACUACAACCGAACAUCUAGAUGAUUUUUGGGAGAUCUGGAGAGAGGAGAGGGGGGUUCUUUGGUCAAGAAAAGCCCCUAUGAAAACUAAAGAAGAAGCGUUAGAGUUUUUGAAGUGGAUUUUACCGAAGACGCAGGAGAAUCCUGAGGGGGAGAUGGAGGGAAGUGAUAAAUUUGCGAUUUUGUUGGAGGGGGUGGGGGUGGGUGACCGGCCCAAAUGCGUAGGUUUCGUCGGCACCAACCGUCCAUCCCCCGAGGGUCUCGAAAUGGGAUAUUGUGUGAAUCCCGAUUAUUAUGGUAAUGGAUAUGCCACGUGGGGGGUAAGCGAGUUUUUAAAGAUUUAUUGGAAUAUGGAAGAAAGAUCCCACAUCCCGCACCUCGUGGCAAAAAUCGAUCCGAGAAAUAAAGCUAGCGAGAGGAUAAUAAGCAAAGUCGGGGGGAGAAAAGGUGAAGUUCUUGAAAAGUUUUAUUCAAGAAGAAUAGACGAGGGCAAGUUGAGUGAUAUCAGGUGUUGGUAUUUGGAUAGACCUGGAGUUGGUGGAGAGCGGAAGGGAGAGGGAGAGGGAGAAGAUAAAUGGAUGGGAAAUCUGAGGUAUGGGGAAAAGGAAGUAAUGAAGUUGACGUGAAAGAAGAUGAUCGUGGUUUCGAUACCCUAAGUAGUAUUUGGAUGCUUGAAAGCUCGAAGUUCAAUCACUAGAGCAGUCACAUACUUUCCUUGUCUUGACAUAAUCCUCCGUCUUCUGGAAUGAAUGCGCAACAAUCUAAGGGGGCGCCAUAGCAUUAGGAGUGUAAGAAAGUAACGUGCAACCAGUGAAUUGAUUGAAGACAAUGUAUGCCGCCAACA